AUGGCCAGGCAUGGUGUGGAGAGGCCGGGUGAGGCGAAGGGCCCCUCGAUACCAACAAAUAGCCUGAUCCAUAUCCAAUAUGAUUACAAUUAUCUAUUGCAAGGCAUUCAGUUCAUCGAUGUCACAGGAAAUUUUAAUCCUUGUGAACUUUUGCUCACAGGAGACCAAGCCUUCCCACUGCUUGUGGAUUUGAAUAGGCAGGUUCUCAUUGCUGCAGCCCAAUAUGGGAAAGGCCGGAUGGUGGUCACUGCCCAUGAAGCCAUGAUACAGCUUCCCCAGUUCUUGCCGUUCAUUAAAAAUGCUCUGGACUGGCUCAAGUCUUCUCCAACGGCACUCAUAGGAGUCCACAGAAGCCUGGAUGCCCUCUCCAAGUUGCUCCUCAGUAGUGGUAUUGAAGUUGAUCCAGAUGCAACACUUGGGGACUCCCUUGGAGUAUUCUGCAGAGAUGCCUACGAUAGUGCGCAGGCUGAUGACCUUGUGCAAUUCGUAAAGAGAGGUGGUGGACUGCUCAUUGGUGGCCAAGCUUGGCACUGGUCAUCUGAACAUGGGAAGGAGGGAGUCCUGGCUCAAUUUCCUGGAAACUUGGUCACUGGUGUCGCUGGAGUGUAUUUCACUGCCAAGAAGGGACAAAAUGGGAUCUUCUCUGUCCCUGAAAAAGUAUGGAAUGAUCCCAGCACCACCCAGUAA